AUGGUUCACGCCGACGCGUCCAACUUCGCCAGUGGCGUCACCAAGGACGAGGCCUACGAGCAAGUCCUGCUCCAGGCCAAAGGGCUGUUCGCAGACCAGCGCAACUGGGUUCGUGAGCGCCUCUCGGCCGACACUUACUUGAACGCGUCGACUGACGGUGACAGCAACCUCGCCAACGCCGCCUCUUUGUUAUGGCACGCCUACAAGUCGCUACCGCCUCCAAGCAGCCAGGUCAACUGGGCGGGAUUCUACGUCUUGGACCCUUCCUCCAAGGACCCGCAACUCAUCCUCGGGCCCUUUCAGGGGAAAGUCGCCUGCCAGACCAUCAAGUUUGGCCGCGGCAUCUGCGGCACGGCGGCGGCGUCGCGGGAGACGCAGCUGGUCGACGACGUGGACCGCUUCCCCGGCCACAUCGCCUGCGACGGAGACAGCAGGAGCGAGAUUGUCGUGCCGGUCCUGGCCGACGACCGCGACGGCAGUGGGACGAGGGCCGUCGUCGCAAUCAUCGAUGUCGACUGUGCCACUCUGGGCGGCUUUGACGAAUCCGACAAGAGGUACCUGCAGCAACUGGCCGAGCUGCUGUCCAGAAGCUGCGACUGGUGA